CAGUGAGCAAAACUCCCUUACAACUACGUAAGCUUGUUCAAAGUGGCAGACAGUUUUAUCUAUUGUUUUGAUGCAGUAUUUAGCAAAAGGGAAUAAUAAAUAGCUGUUAAAAGACAGUUAUUGCAGAACUCUCCAGUAACGUGAGAGACAGGCAUCAACUGUGACAGUCAACCCAUAUGAUGCAUACACACACCCCUUAGCAGAGAAACAGGCUGUGAUCUAUUCCCAUUCUUCUUUGAGACCUUCACUUCCAAGGCCUUCCCAAAAUCACCUACCACCCAGAGUCCCCAUGACUAGCAACCCAAAGCGUUGGGUGAUAAAGCCCUUCUCCCCUAAGCUAGAACAGUUGGAUUUACGCUCCAUAUUGAGCCCUACUGACCCACCACAGUCGCUAGAGAAAAUGUGGAGUAGCAGUCAGGACGGUGACUCUUUCAGUUAUAGCCUGGUAAGCACAACAGUAACAAGCAUGCAGCCCACUGUGAUGGUGUCAUCUGGGAGUGGCAAAAGCACUCCAGAAGUGGUUGUCCAGGCUCGACAAGUGUCUGUGUCUGAGGAUGGAAGUGACAGUGAAGAAUGGAGGCCCAGUACUCCAAGCAACCCCAGCAGCCCUAACAGCAGCACAGGUUCACAUGUCGGGUUCUAUUCAUUUGUAGAUGACCCAGCAAGCCCAGAAGCAGAGCUUAAUAAAGUUUACAUGGUUUCUCCGACAAGACAGGCAAAGCUGAACACCCUGAAACAGAAGAACACCUUUAAACUGCAGACUUACACAGAGGGUAAGAGACCUGGACGGCUGUUUGAAGAAACGAAUGGAGAUGACCUUUACAGAGUUGAGGAAGCCUCCACAGUGAAUGAAAAGGAGGAAAAUCCAGACCGAAUUGAGAUCAUUCGAAAUCAGGCACCCAAGAAAAGCCCUGCCCUUAAAGAACAGUGGAGUGCCUUAGAAAAUCUGGACCUCAGUAACACUCCAAAAAGGCUUCUGGACGGGUUUAGUUUGCUCUACAAACCAGUGAGUGUCAAGACUGAACAGGUCAGGGUUGAGCCUGAAACCAUAGACAAGGAGCAAAUCGACUUCAACGCAGCACGAAAGCAGUUUCUAAUAAUGGAACAAUCAAAAAAGAAUGCCUUCCAACAGAGUCAUCAGCAUCUUCCUUACUCCCCCAAAAUGCGAGGACGAACUAUGUCCUCAACUGCCAGCAUCUUUACUCCAAAAGAAGUAAGCAAAGAGAAUAGCUUAGAAGAGAAUCAGUUCACACUAGCAGCACAGCAAAAGACAGAAGUAAACACUGUGACUGUGACAGAAGAUCAAGAAGAUGGAGUUCUGAGUGUUGCUACAGAUGAUGUUGAAUCUGGUUUUGGUGAUCUAACAGUAGGUUAUACCAGUGAUGAGAGAAUUUCAAAUGACCCUUCCAUUUCAGAGAUGGAAAGCAGCUUUGCAUUGCUUAGUACGGAGACCCCCAUUCAAAGGGAAAUUAGAAUUUCUAGGGAACGAGAAGAGGAUUUGCGGCGAUCAAGGGGUAUCUUGCGCACAGACAUUUCGGAGAUGGUGGAGAUCAGGACAAAACCAAUUCUUUCCCUUUCAUCACAGAUAAAAGCUGCAAAAUCCAAAGAACCAAACAGAGUGAGCUUUCUUAUUCAGAGAGAGCUUGAACUUGAGAAACAACGACAGUUCCCAAUCCCAGAUCAUAAUCGGGAAAACCAAGCACAGGACAAGAAGUCAUCAUUUGAGUCACAUCCCCAAGAUAUUCCAAACAUAUCUUUGAAGCCAAGUCAAAGGGAAAAUGAACUAGAGCAAAGAACAGUUUCUGCAGAUGACAUGUGGAUUACAGAGCAACCUGUACUAGUAGAGGAAGGUGACCUCUCUGAUACAAAGGAAGUUCUUUCCCCUUGCUGUCCACAUAGACAUCCUGAUGAAUCUACACUUCAGAGAAACACUGACUGCAGCACUUCUGGAAGCAAAGUCCAAAUAGGUGCAUAUUCGGAGGAAAACGACUAUUCUAAAGUAAGGGUUUAUAAUGAAAAUGGUGUUGACAGUCGAAACAUUAAUCCUGGAACACAGAAAAAAUCAUCCUGGAUUGUGGAAAAUGACAAUAGCAUGACACAAAAGAACAGAGUAUACUCUCCAACUAUGCUGUCCCAACUGGAUCUUGAAAAAACUAGGUACAGCUCUUCCUGGAGAUCUCACCUAGAGCCAACCAAGUGGAGACCUAAAAUGCAGAAUGCUCCAGACAGUAUCCGCCAAGAAAUUGAAGAGGACCUCAGGAGAGAACAAGAGCUUCAAGAACUAAGAGAGUCUCUCUCAGUACCCAACUCAGCUGUGACAUCUCUGAAAACUUAUUCUGAACCCAGAUCUCCACUAAUUGGCAAUGACGAAAACUUAUUAUCGCCAGAAACUCCACACAUUGUACCUCCAGAAAAGAAGACUGAUCAUAGUUCCACUUAUUCCUGGAGUCUGGCUACUUCUUCUGUAUCCCAGCUAUCCAUGGCAGAUAAAAGUCAACAGAUGGCCUCACCACAACAGAAUUCCAGACUGCCCUCUAUGUCUAUUAUAAUACCCCAGCCAUGGGGCAACCCAAAACCCAUGUCUCCAACUGUAUCUUUGGUAACCCCCAUCAAACCCUUAAGUGCACCGGUUGAUAUGUCAUCUCCCAUCUCCCAGAAAGGUCUGACUGAGACAUUGCUCAAGGACUUUGAGGACAGGAGAAUCAAACUGAAGCUGGAAGAAAGUGCAUAUGCUGGAAUCCAACCUAUCGAUGCCAUAAACAAUGAGGUCGUAGAGGCCACCCGUGUAACAAGGCAUAAAAACCAACGAGCCUUGCAGUGGGAGGCAGGCAUGUACACCAACCAGGAGAGCGAAUGAAUCGGCGGCAACUUAACAGAUGCAACAACAUAACAACUGCAAUCCUUCAGUGGACUGGAUUUAAUCCCAUACUGCAUUUACAAGCAAACUACACUUGCACCACCUCACUAUAUAAAGUCAAUGCAUUUCUAACAUGGACAUUUCAUUCACAGUUUAGCUAGCUGUUCAGAAUCGACUGACAUGGUGGAAUUAGGUGUAGGUGUGGAGAGCAUCUUGCCUGCUUGAGGUGAAGUGUAUACAUUACCCAGAUUAGUAAUGUCACCAACUGUCAAAUAGUUUGUAGGUUAGGCUUGCUUUUUAAAUGAUGAAUACAAUUAAAUAAGUAAAUUAGAAGCACGGCCGAGUUUUAACACAAAUAGAAGGGCCCAUGAAAUCUGGACCUGGACACAAACUCAUUUAGACACAAGCUUGUAGAUUUAACUAAGUAAUUUCUACUUUGAAGUAAUGCUGAAUAUCGCUUUUUACUGAAAAAUUAUUAACUGAAGAUUUUUAUGUCAUUUUUAUUUUUAUUAUUUGUAUUGAAUAUUGAAGUUGGUAAAUAUUUGGAGAUUUUUGCAGUAUUGUUAGGCUUCAUGUCUAAAAAACUAUUUUAAAGUCUUUGCUUUAUUAAAGUUGUUUAAGCAUUUUGUUUUAGUCUGUGUAUAAUACCAAGAGAUGAUACUGUUGUAUUAUGUUUUUACUAAUAGGCCUAAUAGUAAUCAUAAAAGAUUUUUUUUAUCAAAUUCUAUAUUAAGAAAACCAAAAUAAAACGAAUUUGGGAUUGGUUUACUUGAUGUAUUUACUAGUCAUCUGUAUUUAAACUGCACCUGUUUGUUGUGAUAGUGAUGCUGACUUUGUUUCGAGUUUAAAAAGCUGCGUUUGAGCAAUGUUAAUAUGUUGGGACAAAUAAGCUAUUUAAUUUGUAAUUUAACAAAAGUUAUUAUGGAGAAAAAUCUUUCAAGCAGCUAAUAGUACGUUCAUUAUCUGAGCGUCUUGUUUGCUAAUGUUCACAAACACAUUCUCAUCCCGCUGUCAAGAAUCUAGCAUAUCUAGCCUACCUUCUGUCUUUCCUCACAUGCAUAGUUUCAGGUCCUAAUCCCUCUUUUAGCAUAACUCUUUGCAUUUUUUUAUUUUUUUUUUUUGAAUUAUAUUAUCAAGCUAAAUAAUUACUGUUCAAAAACUGUUCUUUUAAUUUUUCUUUGAAUGCAGUACAUGUAAGACCAUGGGACUACGGCGCCCCCUAGUGAAUAAACAUCAUUAACAUAACAUUCUAAAAGAAUGCACUUCAAUUAGCUGAAGUGUUUGGUCAUUUACACAAUAUAUUAAAUAAAGCCAUAAACCGCAGAAAAAUCACAUCUGAGACUGAACCCCUGUGUUGGCGACACUUUGUUUUAUGUUCUCUGAGGUGAAGUAAGUGCAAUCUCAUCAAUUUACAAGAAGCAACAAGUUUUCUUUAAAAUCACUUUCAUUUCAGUCACACAGCUUCCAUCCUGCAUAAUCCUUUGCACUUUCAUAUCAAUUAAAAUUUAUUCCUGUUGGAUACA